AUUUCACAGUUUCCGGAUAACUUCGCUUUUCUUCACUUAAACGGUCAGCUGUUAUUCUUCUCUUAUUUAAAGCAAGCGGGAAGAAAUGUCACUUUGAAUGGGUGCCGUCAGAAUGAGAGUCCAAACUGCUAAUAAAAACAUCACAAUUAACUACUUUACUCCAGUCCAUCAAUUAAUGUCUUGUUUGAAGUGAAAAACUGAAUGUUUCUAAGAAACAAAUCCAUCAUUAAGGUGUUUAUGGCCUGAGGGAAUAAUGUUCAACAGCAAUGGCCACUUACAACACGCUGCAAGACCGGAUCAGAGUAGCCAAGGAGCUGUUAGAGCGAGUAGACAAAAUUUGCAGUCGACAAGGCCGUGAGGUUGAAGGACGUGCUAAACUUUGCAGCAAGCUGCGGGCUGAGCUUAAGUUCCUGCAGAAGGUGGAGGCCGGCAAGGUUGUGAUCAAGGAGUCCCACUUGCAAAGCACCAAUCUCACUCAUCUGAAAGCCAUUGUCGAAUCAGCCGAGAAUUUAGAGAGUGUGGUGAGCGUCCUGCACGUGUUCGCUUAUGAGGGACCUGACGGCCAGAAGCAGACGCUGGUGGUCGACGUAGUGGCAAACGGCGGACACACUUGGGUGAAAGCCAUCGGGCGCAAAGCAGAAGCGCUGCACAACAUCUGGCAAGGUCGUGGCCAGUACGGGGAUAAAAGCGUGAUACGACAAGCAGAAGAUUUCCUUGAAGCCAGUCGGCAGCAGCCUGUGCAGUACAGCAACCCUCAUAUUAUUUUUGCAUUUUACAAUGGGGUCUCCAGCCCUAUGGCAGACAAGCUCAAAGAGAUGGGCAUCUCUGUGAGAGGUGACAUUGUUGCUGUUAAUACAAUAAUCGGAGAGGAGGACGAAGACAGUGAAGACAAAGAGGGUUGUGCGGAAGAGGACCAGGAGGGAGAGAAUGAAGCUGUGGCUGAGGAAGAAGAGGAUGAUGAUGACAACGACGAUGAUGAUGACAGCGAAGAUACAGAUUUUAUGCACACCCGUGUUGAUCGAGACACCAUUGUGGCCAGCCUUGCCUUCCCAACUGAGGUGAAAGUGGACGUGUGCAACAGGGUGAACCUUGACAUCACCACUUUAAUCACGUACGUGUCGUCCCUCAGCCACGGCAACUGUCAUUUCACCUUUAAAGAAGUGGUGCUGACAGAGCAGGCUGCGCAGGAACGCCAAGAGAAGGUCCUUCCCCAGCUGGAGGAGUUCAUGAAGGGAAAAGAGCUGUUUGCGUGUCAUUCUGCGGUUGAGGAUUUCCGCGUGAUCUUGGAUACGUUAGGAGGCCCUGGAGAAAAAUCCAGAGCUGAGACGCUGCUAGCCAGGCUCAAAGUAGUUCCGGAUCAGCCGUCUGAGCGCACUAAACGCUUGGUUAUGAGCUCAAAGGUGAACCGUAGAUCACUGAUGAUCUUUGGGACAGGGGACACCCUGCAGGCCAUCACUAUGACUGCGAAUAGUGGAUUCGUUCGCGCUGCUGCUAACCAGGGUGUGCGAUACAGUGUGUUCAUCCACCAACCUCGUGCACUUACUGAGGGGAAAGAAUGGAGAGCAACUCCUAUAUGACUGAAGGGCUGUUAAAGAUUACUGUAUAAGAUAUUGACAGAGAUAUAUUGAAUAAAAGAUGAUUAAAGCUUAAAAACAGACACUUGUGAGAGGCACUACUUUAUAGUCGCAAAUAAAUUGCACGGCUGGUUGCGAAUACAUUCAGCAGUCUUUAUGUGCCUCGGAUGCAGCGUUUCAAUCCAAAGUCAGCAGAGAUGUCAAUUUAACCAAAUGUAUGAUUAUAAUAAAAAUAUAGUGUCAAAAUUGUGUUUAAACAGAGGCAUAUACAGUUUUCAAAGCUCUUGACUACAUGCCUCAGGGUUACUUUUCGCAAACCUGAUUUUUCUCAGUUAAUCUUGUCAUAUCCGUUUUCAUAAGAGUAUCAAAUAAACUCUUCAAAUGGCUUUACCUCAUGAAGAAUAUCUCCUUGUGAUUCACUGAAAAGUUAUGUUGUGGUAUAACUGUAAAAUGCUUACAACGUAAAGACAUUUAUAGUAUGUCUAUUCCAAAUAAAUGCUGUUCUUAAGAAUCCUGAAUGAAAUGUAUCAUGGUUUAUCAUUUAUCAACACUGAUAAUGAUAAUGUUUCUU